AUGAAAUCUAUUAAUCCACAUCAGAUUUUUUCACUUAAUUUAUCAUCUGAAUUCUAUAUUGAUAAAUUUCUAUCAUCAUUUAACAUCGAUUCAUCAUUUGAUCGUCUUCAAUCAAUUUAUCUUGAAAAUAUUCAACCAAAUACACUUUUAAUACUUCUAAAGAAUUGUAUUCAUUUACUACGUCUUAUGCCAUUUGAUCAAUUAAUAGAUCUAUGUCAAAUUUAUUUCUUAAUUUUUACCUUACCAAAUUAA